GUUUGGCCGUGCUGACAAUCGGCAUGUGGCGGGAGGGCGGUGCAGGAACUCUCACCAAAGAACAAGCCAGCCACAUAGCCAGGAGACUCACGCAGAUCCACGAGAAAGUGAAGAGACUGACCCUGAGGGUGGCGAACGCCAGUCUGUCCCUCCAGUCCAUGGCGAACACAGGGUUUCCAGCUGUGCUGCCGGCUACACAGGCCACGUUUGUAGUACCCACAGAAGCUACACAAACACAAACAGCCUAUGCCUGUGGUGAGAGUGGCACCUUGCAGCUCUCAUGCGAGGAUGGAAGGACGCUCCUUAUCUUGGACGCCAACUACGGCCGGACCUCCAUCGACCACGCCUGUCCGUGUUCCUCCUGUCGCGCCGACUGCCGUGCAGCCAGCAGCCUGUCAGUGAUGCGAAGAGCCUGCCAGGGCGAACAGCAGUGCGCAGUGCAAGCCGCAUACUACAAGUUCGGUGGAGACCCCUGCAGGGGUGUGCAGAAGUACCUGGAGGUCUCAUACCGCUGUAUCACAGAAAGUAACGUCGCCCUGCGCCAGCCAGCAACAGCAAGCUCCUAUCCAACACCAUGGGGACCGGACAAGGCUGUGGACGGCUUCAGAGGGACAAGCGUUGUGGCCAACCAGUGCCUUCACACCGAGCAGUUAUAUCAGCCGUGGUGGAAGGUGGACCUUGGAGUUCACUACACCGUGAACCGGGUCAGCGUUCUAAACAGGGGCGACUGCUGUGGAGAGCGACUGCAAAACUUCCAGGUUCGAGUUGGCCCGAACGAAAACUUCGCCCAGAAUGGCCAGUGUGGGGAGACGUACACGGCACGGCCAGCCAAUGGGGCGACCAUCGUGGUGUACUGCGACCAGCCCAUGUCCGGCCGCUAUGUGUCCAUUCAGGUGAUAGGACGCAGCGUUAAUCUGCAGUUUUGCGAAGUGGAGGUCUUCGCUGAAAAAGCUAUCCGACUGGUGGGUGGCAGCCUGGGGAAUGAAGGCAGAGUGGAAGUCUUGCACGAUAACCAGUGGGGGACGAUCUGUGACGACGACUGGGAUAUCAACGACGCGCACGUGGUGUGCCGCAUGCUCGGCUAUGCGGACGCUCACGAGGCGAGAAGUAACGCCGCGUUCGGCAUCGGCACGGGCCCGAUCUGGCUGGAUGACGUGGCCUGCUCCGGUACCGAGUCAUCUCUGGCCGACUGCAACCAUAGAGGAUGGGGAAAUCACAACUGUGGCCAUACGGAGGAUGCAGGCUUAGUCUGCUCAGGCUUGUGCCCGAACCCCCCGGUCCUCUACGCUGCCAGCAUCUCGGGCUGUGGCGCCCCCUACUCGGAAGGCGAGACCUGCACCUACAGCUGCAACAGCGGCUACUUCAUGGACGGCGGCUCCCGGACCCGGACCUGCAGCGGCGCCGGCACCUGGAGCGGGUCGGACCUGGUCUGCACACGAAUAUCGUGUUACUGGGAAGGGACAGCUGUCUUCUGCAACCCCGGCGACUGCGACUGGGGCAGGUACGUGCGCACUGACAAAUGCGGGGAUGGCCUCUGCUGCUGGACAGGCCACAAGAUAUACUGCUGUAACGGAUAGAUUCAGUCUCCUACUGCACAUGUCACAAGAUCUACUGCUGUAACGGUUGAGUCCAGUCUCCUACUGCACAUGCCACAAGAUCUACUGCUGUAACGGAUAGAUUCAAUCCCCUACUGCACAUGCCACAAGAUCUACUGCUGUAACGGCUGAGUCCAGUCCCCUACUGCACAUGCCACAAGAUCUACUGAUGUAACGGUUGAGUCCAGUCCCCUACUGCAAAUGCCACAAGAUCUACUGCUGUAACGGAUAGAUUCAGUCUCCUACUGCACACGUCAAAAGAUCUACUGCUGUAACGGUUGAGUCCAGUUUCCUACUGCACAUGGUACAAGAUCUACUGCUGUAACGGAUAGAUUCAGUUUUCUACUGCACAUGUCACAAGAUCUACUGCUGUAACGCAUAGAUUCAGUUUCCUACAGCACAUGUCACAAGAUCUACUGCUGUAACGGUUGAUUCCAGUUUUCUACUGCACAUGCCACAAGAUCUACUGCUAUCG